AUGUUUGAAGUGUCCACCAGCGCUGGUUCAUCAAGCACUGCUUCAACGUCUUCGUCGAUUAAAACUUCAUCCACGGGGAAGCCUAUCUCUUCAAAGAAAAGCACCACGACGACCACGCCUUCAACCAAACUUCCGACAACCACUUUACCUGUUGAGACGUCUAUUCACACGACUAAAACUUCCACAAGAUCUAUCACAACUUCUUCAACGGCAAAAAUAACAAAAGUCCCAACCGAAACUGCCGCGGAAUCCAGCGAGCCGACUAUAACCCUCAAAAAAUCGACAAGUUUUGAAAAAAGCACCACGGCGGCUACACCGAAAACAACGAAGAAAGUUGAUACGACUUACACGACCGAAAUGAGGACUCCCACGUUUUCAACUACAUCAGAGAAAGUUCAAUCGACGUCUACCAUAGAAGCCACGACCGACACGUCUUCUAAGCCUUCAGAGAACCUUGAAAUGACGUCAGCUGCAGAGCCUACAAAAGUCACAACUUCAGAUACAUCAAAAGUUGGAACAAAGUCCUCAUCCGUCUCGACGGAAGAAAUCACGUCUUCAACGACAUCGGAAUACGUUGGAACGACGUCAUCGAAAGAAGCCACGGUGGCCACUGCUUCAACGUCAACGGAGAAGGUGGAAACGACGUCAUCAACAGAAGCCACGAUGGCCAAGCUUUCAACGGAAUCAAUGAAAGAUAAAACUAAGACCUCAUCAGAAACUUCGACAAGAAACAAGAGCACCACGAAGACUACAACGACACCAAAAAAAGUUACGCAAACGGAGAAGAGCACGAAGAAUGCUUCAUCUUCAACAACUCGAAAAAAGUCUGAAACAACGACCGAAAAGCCAGCCACGCCUCACACCAAAAAAAUCUCAACGACGAGCACGAUUUCGAAGAAGACCACGACCGCCACGAAGACUACGAUGCCCUCCACAACUCCAGAAAAAGUCGCAACGACUUCAGAAAAGAAAAUCUCGCCCACCCCAAAGAAGAGCUCUACGACUUCAAAGACCCCGAAGAACGUUGUAACGACUACAGAGAAGAAGAUUUCAACCACAACGAAGAAGAGCUCCGAACCUUCCACGACCUCGAAGAAAGUUGUAACGACUUCUGAAAAGAAGAUUUCAACCACGACAAAGAAGAGCUCCAAACCCUCCACGACCUCGAAGAAAGUUGUAACGACCGCCGCUUCUCGAAGCACCGCGUCUUCCGCUACCUCCAUGAAAGUCCCGCUUUCUGAAAAACCGACGACGUCUCCUACGAAGCCAGUGACUUCCACGUCCGCAACGUCGACCGGAACCGUGAGCACCACCGCCAAGACGACCAAGUAGUGAUGGGAUUUGAUAAUUUAAUAAUGGGGGUUCUCAGAACCACAACGGACGAUGUGAAAGCCUCGUCGACAAUCGCUUCGAGCACGACCACAGAAAAAGCCACUACAAGACAACUCGGUUAGACAUCUUAUCAAACCUAGUCAGAUUCCAAUAUACAAUGUUACAGAAUCCACGAGAUCCUGGGCGACGGCAUGCCCUGAAGGAGCAACUGAAGGACCGCUUUUUUGUUAUUUGGCUGUACCGGAUGGUCGCAGGCUAGUUUUCAAAUUAUAAUAUUUACCUCUAGCCGUUCCUUUUUUUGAAUUUUUAGUUCUCUUUUCUAGUUUUCAAUAAUCAAUACAAAAAUUUUUCGGAAGAUCUUCAAAGUCUAAUAAGAAUAUACAAGUUUAGCUGCAUCAAGCCAUUCUACGUGCGACCACGAUCCAAAUUAAAAUAAAUAAAACGUACAGCUUUUCCAGCAACAGCAGCUACCUGAAGGUCAAAUCGGCCUGCAACAGGAUUUUCGGCUCGGAUUCUUCGAUCAUCAGCUUGUAUGAGCUCAUGGACCCGGUCACUCUCAAGCUCUUCAAGAACAUGACGUUGAUUUUUUUGAUUUCUCUCAAAAAGGGUCUCGAAACGAAUAAAAACACGUUAAAAAAACGCUCUGCUUAAUAAAACAUUGAAUCGAAAAUGAAAAAGUAAAAUUCAGAGUUCUGCUAAACUAUAUAAUUUACACAAGGACAAAAAAAGAAGAAGCCGAGAAAGCUAAUUAAAAAAUAAAAUGAUAAAAAGUACGAUAUUGGACUUGAAGAAAAUUGCGCUUUUUGGGCUUGUUAGGGCUCAGAAAACGGCCAGGGGACCAAAAAGAACACGCUCAGAAACUUGAAUGAACAAAAAACAAUCUGAAACGGUUAAGGAGAAAAAAAAAAACGAAAUUUAUAAUAAAAGAUUACUUUUUUGGUAAAGAAAAAGCUUUUUAGUUAAUUCAAGAAAAUCGUUCAGAUUCUUCGUCCAGACUCAAUGAUGACAUUCAAUCCAAAUGAAAUCGGGAACAGUUUCAGCGGCGAAAAGAACACUACCGUAUUUUGGGCGGAGGGAGGGGGAUCGAGGACCCAGUGGAACCGGCUGGCGCUCAGAAUCAACUCUGACGCGGCGCCGGAGUUUUUCCAAGGCGAAGGAAUCGACAAAGUCCCAAUCUACAACGAGGAUAACACCGUUGGCGGAAUUUGCAAAGUGCCGAGUAAGUCGCAUUUUUUUUCUGUCUUCAAGGGCUCUAAUUGUUUGUCCAUUGUUGAUUUCAUCCUUUGACACUUUCCCGUCUUUGCGGGAUUUGGUGUGAUAUAUAUAUCACUGUUUAAUUUUUUUUUUUUUUUGAAAAAAGUUGAAUAAUGAAGCUUCUUUUUUGAAAAAUUUAUGGUUUUUCAUUCGUUGAGGACGAAAUUGAAUAAAAGUUUGCGAUAUUGUUUUUUUUUCUAUUUAAAGCUUUAUAUUUCUGAUGCUUUUUCCUUCAGAAUAUGGAGCAGCGAUGGAAUGCGCCACGGAUACUUUCCAUGAAGCUUUGUACCUCAGGGGAAAGUUCAAUCUUCCCCAGGCCGGAAAAUUCGUCGCCGUCGGCAAUCGCAUAACGUUAGUUCACCGUUCGAAUUACUUAUUUUUGUGGAAUAAGCGCGAAUCAUUUGAUAAAAAUUGACCUCUCGAUCGCCAAAAUAUGACAUGAUGUUUUAGUCUGGGUGUCUUUAAAAAAAUAUGGUCUCUUGGAUUUCUCUUUUCUAAAAAACUCUAUAAAAAAAACCACUUGGGUUUACUUUACCUGAUUUAGAAAACGGCAGGCUUCUAAGUAAAGAAAAAUUGUUUCAUCGUUCUUUUGCAAUAUUCGAGUGACUUUUCGACGUUUUGAGGAGCAGCUGCAGUCUGCCGAACUGCUACGAGCCAAACUGGACCUUUUUGUGCAAUCCUAAAGGCGUUUGGAGCCCGCACCCCGAUGCCGUCAAUUGCACUCAACGCCGUUAGUUUAAUUUUGAUUGAGAACAAGAAUUAUUGUUUUAACCGUGAAAGGAUCUUUUAAUGAUAAAAGAGAUCAGAGACACCAGACUUCUUUGAAGUCUCUUCAAGCCUCUGCUCUCUUUUUCUCUCUUCUUCCUAUCUUAAACAGUUUUAAAGCUGCGACAAUGACGUUGCCAGUUUCGAAAAAAUGCAGGGUUCAAGAGAAAAUGAAAAAUAGUUCUAGUUUUAGACUUAAGAAUUUCAAAAAUUGAAAGGUAUUUGUUUUAGAUCUGAUCAUUAUAAACUGGGAUUUUAAAAAUCUUAACUCGAAAACUAGAAGCUUGUACAGUAGCCGCUUUGAAGAGCUUGAAUCUGGACUUCUGCAGAUAAUUUGAGCAAAUUCAAAGAAAAUACCAGACCUCAUAUAGUCUGUGUGCCAAGACUUGGAAUUUCACCGAACGACAUUCCGGUGUUCCGCUGGAUAGAAGAUGAAAGAAAAAUAAUUUCUCGAAGCGUCUUUGCGAUCCUCGGUCUCGCUUUGAAUUGGUUCUCAUUUCUGAUAGAUGGACUGUUUCACUAGGAACACGUGUUAGUCGAGUUCUUAAGUAAAGUUGAAAAUUAAAAAGCGGCCAAGCACGCAGCGGAACAGCGGAACGUCGUUCGAUAAAAUUCCAAGUCGUGGUACACAGACUAUAGUAACCUCUCUCCGAUUUAAUCUUUGUUCCCUGAAGGCGGAACCCUGUGGGUCGACACGGCGCGGCCCUUCUACGGACGAGAGCAGGAGAAGUGCCAGAACUGCGUGGAAGAAGGGACGGCUACCUGCAACGCGACCGACAACGGCACCUUCGUUUGCGUCUGCAAGCCCGGAUACACUGUCAGUUUUCAAUGGAUGGAAGAUUAAAGGCAUUCGGGCAGUAUAGUCGCCUCGAGCAGAUUUUACAACAGAACUUUUGUUGUGACUUCGAAUCUCUACUUCAAAUUUUACAAAUUCUUUCAGUUUUCCAGGAAAGAACGUUCAAAGAGCUCAACAGUUCGAAAGUUCAAUAAUCCUCUUUGCUUUUUUGAAUAAUAUCAAAUCUGUGAAUCGAGCGUAUUCUCCUUCAAACUUCCCGACAAGAGUUCAUUAAAGGCCGACGGUUUUAGUAUAUACAGUAUCUGAGCUCGAUUAACAUUACUGUGAAACAACCUAGUGGCCUUUUUAGAGGGAUCUCGAAGACGGCUUUGAGAGGACAAAAAUGGCAACUGAAACUACCUUUAUUGGAGCCACCCCUAAAGUAGCUUCAUGGUCUAGUAGUACUAAUCAGAAAAAGAAGUCACUUAAAUCUAGACGCUAAUUUGACUACUACUACAGUGGCCUGUAAAACGUCAAAAUUCUAAAAUGGUCACUCAGAACUUUACCAGCUCCAAAAUCAAUUGACAUCAAGAGUAACUAAAAAAUUUAAAUUUAAAGUGUCGUUAAAGAGGGUUUAUUCAUAUUUUUUUGAGUCAUGGGUUGAAUAUAAGAUGAAAGGAAAAAUAAUUUUCUAGGGCUUCCGGUGCCAAAAGGUGCCUCAGUGGUGUGGAACUGAUUCGCAGGCGGCGGCUCUCUGCAUCAUGGGGUAUGUUGGGAAUUUUUAUGAUUCGCUCGAAAUUUCAAACAUUAAAAGAGUCCAAAAAAAGUAGAACAGUGAAGAAAAAAGGACUAGUCUUUGACAAUGUUGGUUCUGUAAUCGCCGAAGUUACAUGUGUUGUGAAAGGUCUACAUGAAGAAAUAAGUCUUUUCUGUCCAAGCAGUCACUUUAUCAAAAGUUGUAGAUGAAAUGCUCAGUUUUUCAACCAGCUUACAUCUGGUCAUCUUUUUCUCAUUCUUUUCAGCCGAUGCGUGAACGAACGGAACAGUUACCGUUGCAUCUGCGACUACGCCAUCGGAGAGGACCAUUGUACGUGGAACCGGAGCCACUUCGAAUUCGACCGUGUACGAAUUUUUUCAAUAUUCAUCUCUUGAAAGGAAAUUUUUCCAAGCCUUCAGGGAAGUUCGGCGCAAGUGUACCACAAGGUUUUUUGAUUCUAGAACAAGAAGCGAAUCCCUAGAAAAAGGCUUAAUUUUCACAUUGUCGAGUUUUCAGAGAGGCUGGAUGUCCUCGACGCAGACGACCUCGACGACGGCUGUGGUCGCUUUGGUCACGUGGUUCUUCUUCUGGAGCUUCGUUGCGCAGAGCGACAGGACCUACAAUGCCCGGGUUCGUACCGUUCCUUUGCAACGAGAGAGAAAAUCGUCACUAAAAAUAAACUCCAAUUUUCAUGAAGAAAAAUAUACACAAUCUUACUUGGCUUGAGCCAGCGAAAAAAUUGAUAUCGAUUCCUCUUUUUACGAAAAAAAAAAACACGAAUUUCCGGUUUCAGGACCGACAGAACACGAUCCAGAUGCUGCGUGGCUUCGCCACGCUGACGAUGAUGACGAUUUUCGCUGGAUUCAGGAAUCCCGGAAUGCUCGGAGACUGGCAGGCGUGCCCCGUCUGGUAUUUCAUAUUCACCUGGAUGCACACCACGAGUGAGUUGAAUUGGGAAAAUAAUCAUAAUCUGACAUUUUGAAACUGUAAACUGAAGACGAAAGUUCGAAAAAAUCAAGAAAAAGUUUGGGAAACUUCGUGAAAAAAGGCUAAUUCCUGACCGAACCGUUCAAGUCCCAAGAAUGGUCUUUCAGUCGGGAUCUUCUGGACGGUGGAGUCGGUCUGCUACGGCAGUAUGUUGCGGAACCACCACCGCAACGGCUUCCACACCUGGAACGGGCAGAAGCCGUCCACGCUCGUCUUCAUGGUGAGCAAACCCCUUCAAAUUUCUCAGUCUAGAAUCUUCAUAAUUUUCUCUUUUAGUGUUUUUUGAUUGAUUUGAAAAAAUGAUUUUUUUCUCGAAAAAACUUGAAAACAGAGAAAAUCAGAAUUUAUUCUAAUGAAAGAUGAGAUUAUCUCAAGACUUCUUGGGUAAAUGGAAGUUUUGAACUAAGUUCUUGAAAAACGGAAGGAUUCUGUUUCGAAGCUGAGUUGAAGACUCGGAAACAGAGAAACAGGAAAGUCAAUCACUAACUUCAGUUCUGCCUCUUUGGACCGUUCUUCGUCGGAUUCUUCUGGGCGGGGACCGUCGUCUUCGUCGUCGCCGGAUCGUUGGUCCAGGUAUAAUUUUACGAGAACUUGUAGGCAUUUCUAUUAAAACCAACGAAGUUAGUCAUUUGAAGAUCCAUGUGAAUUUUUCAAACAAGAUAGGUUUUUAUAAUGCCAUUCUUUUUACUAGAAGCUCCUGUAAUUCUGAAUGAUGAUUGCUAAUAGUUUCUACCUAGAAAAAAAUUUUUUCGCGGAGAGUUUUUCUCAAAAGUUGUGAAGUACUGCUCGCAGACUGUCUUGCAGAUAAGGUCUCUCACCAAAACUGACAUUUUGUGAAGAGAGUGGCUAGAAAGUUGAGCUUAUCGGUCCGUCAAUCUAACUCAAAAAUCUGGCUUGAAUCCGAUUGAUCUUUUCAUCACAAAAUGGAGAAUUGUUUCAGGCAGCCAGCACAUGGAGCUGCAUUGGGUAUAACACGGACACGAUCGUGCCCAACUUGUACCUCCUGCCGUUGUUCGUCUUUCCGGCCUUCGGCUACCGGAAAUGGGCCGAAGGAUCCACGUCAGUUGUUUUAGUAGUUCUUUUAAGUGCAUUUUCUUCACUCUUUUCAAAUUAGUCCUAAAAUAUUUUCAAAAAUUUUUGGAGUGUUUUUUUAAAUACUGUGAAACUGCGAUCGGAGAAAUUUGAAUUUUUUUUUAGUAGAGUUGCAGUUGUUGAGUUACACUAAACAGGCCCGCAACAGAAAAGUUGUUAGAAAGUUCUAACAAAUGAAGAUUUUUUGGGUGAAGUUGUGAUGAACAUAGAAAACUCAAUUGUUAAGUGAUGCAGAAAAUCCUAAUAUUUCAGAUAAUACAAAUUUUCUCACGGGUUUUGGGAGCACAAAAAACAACGAAAACUUUUGAUUUUUUUUGGUUUCUCAGUAGCCACUCUAACAGUUUCGUACCUUAUAAAAAAUGUAUCGUAGUAAAAUAGACAAAUCAUGAACUUAAAAAUGCACAAUGACACGUUACUUACAAUAGUAGGAACUUCAAAAGGUUUCUUUUCUAGGGCGGUACGCUACGAGUACCGAAGACGACUGCGGGCGUGGUUCACGGUCUUCUCACCGCGAAACGUCGACUUCUACAGUCGCGUAAGUUUGACAAGUUUCUUAAAAAAUCGAACUAAAAAUCUAGAACGUUCAAUCGAUAUUCUGCAAGUAGAAUACUUGGGUUUGACCUUUUUUGAUUCAUUUUUAACUUUUUAGUUGGAUUUGAGGUUUGUUAUAAUCCUUUGAUAAUCCCGAAGGUUCAGGUCAGAUGUUAAGCUUUUUACCCAAUAACCGUCUAGGGAGACUAGCGAACAAUUGUGAAUUUUUUAUAGGGUUUUCUAAUAAUCCCGAAGGUUCAAGUCAGAUGUUCAGGUGCUGAGGAACGGGCCGAUGCUGGAUUUGAUGCCGUUUGCCUACGCCCUCCAGUACAUCGCCAUGGUGUACCACGUCGCCGAGCCGGAGAACGACCAGUACAGGACGUGAGUAUGAAGAAAAAAUGGUAAAGGAAUAAAUAAAUUUAAAGAUCAAAGGCUUUUUGAUUUUUACGGUCUAGCCUGUUUGUGCCCAUUUCUCAGCUUUCUCCCAAUCAUUUUUGAACUGGAAUAUUUUCAAUGAAAGUGAAAUAAAAAAAUAAAAAUAAAAGUCUCCUGCUAUUUAUGAUCAAGAGAUACACGAGAAAUUUUAUUUCAUCGAAAAAUUCGAAAAAAAUUACUUUUUGAGAGGUCCUGCACCUUUUCUACUGCUUUUUUUCAGGCUUUCGGCGGUGGCGAUCGCCAUCAACACCGUCCUCCACUGGGUCCAGUUCGCCGUCACCGCGCCUCCGGUAAGGAAGGGAAAUUUCCAUUGAAAACUUGAUCAAAUAUAGUUUUUAUUUGAAGAUACAACAGAAAAUAAUUGUUUGCAGUUGUGGAACUUCGUCUGCAACAAGAUGAUGGUGCACCUGCCGUCCCACGUGGCGCCCAAGUUCAACACCGUGAUGCGUUGGACGCGCGAUGAGGUAACCUUCAUGUCCACAAUAUAUGAAACAACCUGUUCGGAACACCGUAGCGCAACAGGUUGUGUGCCUGUCUAAUGUACAAAAAGGUAACAAGUUCGAUCCCCACCGCGACCCAACGAAGGGGUUUUUCAUUUUCCCAAUUUUCAAUGUGAAUAUGCUGUUUCUUUUUCAACAAAUUUUUUUAUCUAUAAAAUUGAAGAUUUCUUCAGAAGGAAUAACUCAAAAAUGAGAUGAAAGUAUUUAUUAGAGCGCAAAAGCUUAAACUAUGUUGUGAAUUAAAUUUUUGAAUUAUGAUUUAAAAGCUUCUCCGUUGAGAAAUAACCGUAUUUAGAAGCUUCAAAUAAGAGAAGGUCCUACAUUAAUUGGUCUGAAAAUAUGGUUUAUUUGUGAGAAACAUUCAUUCACUUUUGUCCAGGUCCUCUGCUGGAAAGCUCCGCUGAAAUACGCGACGGAGUUUGAGGAGAAGCUGGAGCUGGAAAACGAGCGCCGGAAAAUGGAAGUCGAGAGAGCGAUCCAAAAGCGCAACAAGAUGCUGGAAAGAGUAAGAAACGGCUUUUUACACUUUUAUUAUGAAGUAUCGAUUUCUUAGUGCCCGACGAUCGAUCUCCGACUACUCCCUGCGGUACCGGUGUUCUUGGAGGCAGAAGCUCCGGCGGAGGUAAUUAUUUUUUUGAAAAAUAUAGUUUAUUCAAUGUUGACUGGAAAUUUUCCAAGGAUGCUGGGCAAGUAUGGCGUCUUUGUAAAGUUUCUUUGAACCUAAAGUUAAUCAUAGAUUCGGCUUAGGAUUGGUAUCGCCCUAUAGGCAGCGUCUAAUCAGAGAAUCAAUCAAUUUUUGAAGGAUUUCAUCUGAAAAUUAAAUUAGAAAGGUUAACUUCAUUCAGCACUUGGCGAAACUCACCCCGAACGGCAUCGAAGGUCCGGAAGACUACCUGUCGGACUUCUCGCUGGAGGUGAUCCGGACACGCUUCUUCGUCAACUACAUCAAAGAGCGUCUGGACAGCCGAUGCGAAAGGACACAUUGUGCUUUCGUGCGUCCGAAUAGAGGCCUUCUCCGAUGGAAAAAGUCGUUUGCAGAGGGUGGUGGCGAGGGAGUGGGUUCAAGUCGGGUACGACCAGAGCCAGAUCGCCUACCACCAGCUCAUCCGACUCUUCAAGCAGUGCUGCGACAUCGUCAGGGACAACGACUAUCUCCUGUUCGAGGGCGAAAAACCGGGGAUGGACCCCCUCAAAGUAGGUUCUUGACGUGUUCCCUAAAGGUAGAGAAAAUAGUAACGCAUUUCUUUUCUAAUAAAACAAAGACGAAUGUCUUCUUUUCAAACACUGUCUCGAAUGAACCGAAUAUUUUUUCUCCAAGAUGAACCGGCCACUCGCCAAGUGCUUCGAGAUCACGCAGCGGUUCCGGCGACGGAAAAAUGCUCCGCCGGCGAACACAACGGAGGCCGUGGUAAGAGUCUUUCAUCAAAGAACGUCCUUUGAAGUAGGAAUGUCAUUCUGUAGGGUUCUUCAGAAGUUGUUAGUAUGAUAGUCAAAAAUCUGUAUUUUUUUUUGAGAACCGAGGAAACCAAGAAAAAAAAAACGGUGUACACAAAGAUGCUUACCGUAAUCUAAUAAAUAAGAUGACUAAAAUCGGUGGCUGAAAAUUUUCAGAAUUCCAAUCUAAACAGAAGUUUUGAUGAUAUAUGUAUGAGUUAAAAAAUGCAACAAAAAAUUGAACAUAUUUAUUUUCAAUUCAAAGCAUAAAAUGUUGCAGAAGAAGUACGAGCGGAUGCUGGAAUCGAUCGGCUACCGAUACCCGGUCGACGACUUCAAGUCCAUCUUCUACUCGGACGUGGUCCUUUAACCGGAUUGAAAGAAUCAACUGAAUCUUCUUUUUCCAGGCCGAGGACUACGAGACCUUCAUCGCCGGAACGCACUUCGUCAGCAGAAUGCCCUAUAUCCACACCAUCAAGGAGGUUUGGAGAUAACGUGGUAUUUGAAGUUCUCCAACUGUUUGGAGUUUUGGUAGGAGAUAAGCUCUAUAUCAAUUUUCUUAAGCUGGAAAAGCGGCUGGAGAUCUUCGCGGAGCAGGCCAAGGAAGAGAACGCCAUCUGGGACCACAUCUACGACGACGACGAUUGGUUUCUCAACAUUUUUUUUUACAAUAUUAAGAGUCACUCGAAAAUUAUUUUUUUAAAUUGAUUCUCCAGAAAUCGAUAGAUUCGAAAAAAACAACCUUUCUGAGACUUUAGAAACCGUUUCCCCGUUGGGAAUUUCCAUAGUGAAUGAUCAAAUUUUUCAGGUUCGUGGAGCGAAGCGAGGAGGAGAAAGAGGCGCUGAGAAAGGAAUAUGUGAGAAUUUUCUACUAAUUGCUCGUAGUUUCAUCAAAAAAUUAUCAUUUCUUGACACUUUCUCAAUUUCAUAGCUAAUUUCAAACGAACUAGGACGGUUUUCCCCGUCCAAAAAUGACAAAAAAAGGAGAGUAUAAAAUUUUCUAGAAAUAUCUGAAGUUUGCUCCAUGGUAACAUUUCACGACCAUCUGAAAUCUUGCAGAAGAUCGUGGAUUCCCAACAAUUUCCGAAUCCGAGAAAAAUGAAGCUGAAGCACCUGCACGACCGGUACUUCGACCAAAUCAGGCCCGGGUAGCUUCCAACCAAGUUGUCGACUUACACGAAAUGGAUACUUCCAGCUUCAUCGGUCCAAAGACGCCGAACGCCUCGAUCUACCCAGACUUUGGAGGCCUCUUCUCCAGCGACAAGUUCUGGCUGGAGGUUUGAGAAAAAUAUAACUUUUAGAGCUAAGAAUUUUGAAAAAAUGAGCUUUGAGAAAAGUUUCCAAACACCUGCCAUUUGAGAUUUCUUAGGCGGGAAUGUAGAAAACCUGGAAAAAAAUCAGAAUAAAUAUCAAGUUUCAAGAAAAUCAAAAACCCUAGAACAUUUUUCAAAGCAAAAUCGAGGCCUUAGAAAGAUCGAAUAAAGUUCAAAAGCUAUCCAGUGAAAAAAACCAAUCAUUUCUAGAUGAAACAUGAUUAUAAAAUUAUGCAAAACAAAGCUGCUUCUGAAAAGAACAAUCGAAACCAGGAGACUAAGUCCCAUUUUUCAAAAUUCUUCGAAAAGAGAAGUUGAUAAUUUUCGAAAAUUCUCGUAGUAAAUUUGAAAAAUACUAUUAUUCUAACUGAAGGUUGAUUGCAUUUCCAAUUUCAGAUAGAUUUUUACUCCUAAAGUGACCACUGGAAUCUUUAUAUAAAUAUAGAUAUCUAAAUGGUAUUCAAUUAUUGUUCCUAGGAAGCGGACGAGAAAGCGUUCAACAGCUUCAUCGAGAUGAAGGAGUGGAGGAAGUCGGACAAGGAGCUCUACGAAAAGUACAGAAAAGACCUGCUGAAGCCGGUGAGAAACCAUGGUCAUCUCAAAGCUGAAUCAGAAAGAUGUUUCAGAAGGAAAAGAAGCACAAGCCGCCGUUGAGAGACGUCGGUGAGGAGACGGGAUUGCGACAGCGGUUCAAAAAUCAUCUCCGAAAGUAA